UAUGGACAGAGCCAGUUGCCGCUUUUUGAGGAAAGUCAGGACCCAGAUGUGGGGGAGAGCCAGAUGCCCCAUGAGGGAGACGAUGUGAUGUUGGGUCUUGAUCAGUUGGCCCAUGAUGUCCCCCAGAAUAUGCCUUCGGAUGACGAUCAUCAUGAUGAGCCUCACCCGGCAGAUGAGGUAGGCGAGGAGCAUGCUGGCGACCCAGCAACCGAGCGCAUAGCGAUCGACCAUAUUCGGCUGAUGGGGUAUAACCCAGACGGGAGCAUCUAUUUUGAGGUGAUUAAGGACCCAGAGAGAAAUUGGGUGCUCCCGAGGGGGAAGAAAGUUGUGUUGCAGUACAAUGCUGCAACACAACCCGUGGGAUGAGCAUGCAAUCGUUAUAGACGGGCUACGGGCAAGCUUUUACGGAGCGGGUCCCACAUUCACUUGCGGGAUGAAUGGGCAAAGGUAGAUAAGCAGAUUAAGCGGGCUCUGUGGGAUGCCAUAAUGCAAGAAUUUUAUGUACCCGUAUCCGUCGACCAGCGCCUGGCACAGAACGAAUUCUGGGGUGAUAUGGGCCGUAAGCACCGUUCGUGGAAGUCGAAGUUGAGGACCCAGCUAAAUAUUCGAGACAGUGACACGCCAUUGACAAAACGUGCGAAAAUGCCAGAUACGUUUUUUGAUAAGUAUGACCAAACGGAUGUGGAGGACGUACUGCACGAGUGGUGCACAAAAAGAAAUCAGGCGAGGUCUGAACGAAUGAAGCGGCUGCGGGAGCAGAAUGACAUCCCCCUUAGUCUGGGGUCCAAAAGUUAUGCCAGAUUUAAUCACGAUAAGGCAUCUACAUCUGGCACGUCCCCCACUCACGCCGAGUCGUUUGUUAAGACGCACACAAGGAAAGACGGCACUUAUCUGAACGAGCGGACACGGGACCUAUGCGAGCGGAUGACACAAAGUUUGUCCACUGAUCCUGCUGCCACGGAUCCCGUCUCAUCAGAUACGGUGCGUUGGGCACCUGGCGACGCGUACGAGCAGGCAGUUGGGUGACCCGAGUAUGGGGGUAGGGUUCGGCAGGUUGGGCCGAACGUUACUCCUGUUCGCUGGACUUGUUUCUCGUAUAGGGCCCGCACACGGGGGGGACCGGCCGAGGGCACGUCUCAGGAUUGGGCUGCCCACAAAAUUGCGGAGAUGGAUAUCAUGUUACGGGCCAAGAGAGAGAGGAAUGACGGGUUGGAGGGCAUAGUGCGGGUCAAGAGAGAGCGGGCUGACAGCAUGGAGCAGCGCAUACGACAGUUUGAUGCUAUGGAGCAGCGCAUGCGACAGUUUGAGGCCUUCAUGUCCUCUACAGGAUUAUCGUUCGUAUGCCCUGGUGCUCAGCAGUCUUCACCUGCACACGUAGGUAGUACGUCAUCUGUUAGUAGUGCGCCUGCAGGUAAUGCGACAACGGUUGGUCCGUUGUCGCCUAUUGGACAAUUGCUGAGCCAACAAUCCCCUCUCGGGACUCCAUCGCCCGUUACACCAUCUCUUGCGGGACAAUCGCCGGUUGGUGAGUUCACGCCCGGGACUACACCUCAUGAUCCGCAGCGACGUCCUCCAGAUUUGUAGAUAUUUUGUGUAUUUUUUUUUUUGUUAGUAACGAAUAACUUUAUUAGAUCAAGAUUUUCAAAUUUGUUGAUAUUGUUCUGUAAGUAUUUGUUGUUAGUAACGAAUACAUUUAUUAG